GCCCCGGCCAAACACAGAUCUCCAUCACGAACAAGAUCUAACGGUCCAGAUCUAUUCCCUCUCCUUCUCCUUCUUCUCUCAAACCAAAAAAAAAAAAAAAAGAAAAAGGCUCUUCUGAAUCUCCGAAAAAAUCCGAUCGGGAGAAGAAUAAAAAUACAAUUCAACGGCCGUCCGGUUACUACUGUCUUGCUCCGUUCGGACGAUUCGUCUUCCCUGAGUUAGAUCUGCUAGAACUUUGAUUUUGUUUAUAGAGAUGGCUGCUCCUCCUGCUAGAGCUCGUGCUGAUUACGAUUACCUCAUUAAACUUCUUUUGAUCGGAGACAGCGGUGUGGGUAAGAGUUGCCUUCUCUUACGUUUCUCUGAUGGCUCGUUUACCACCAGUUUCAUUACAACUAUUGGGAUUGAUUUCAAGAUAAGGACUAUAGAGCUCGAUGGGAAGAGAAUUAAGCUGCAAAUCUGGGAUACUGCAGGACAAGAGCGGUUCCGCACUAUCACAACUGCUUACUACCGUGGAGCCAUGGGUAUUUUGCUUGUGUAUGAUGUCACUGAUGAAUCAUCUUUCAACAACAUCAGGAAUUGGAUCCGUAACAUUGAGCAGCACGCUUCUGAUAAUGUCAACAAGAUUUUAGUUGGGAACAAAGCUGAUAUGGAUGAAAGCAAAAGAGCUGUGCCAACAUCUAAGGGCCAAGCUCUUGCAGAUGAAUACGGAAUCAAGUUUUUCGAGACUAGUGCCAAGACUAACUUAAAUGUUGAAGAAGUUUUCUUCUCAAUUGCUAAAGACAUUAAGCAAAGACUUGCAGAUACUGAUGCAAAGGCUGAGCCACAAACAAUCAAAAUUAACCAAUCCGACCAAGGUGCAGGAGCAUCUCAAGCUACUCAGAAAUCAGCAUGUUGCGGCUAGUGGCUAUCAAAGAGAAGAACCCAGCCUAGUGAAAAGAGAGACAUGGUAUUUUUUUUACCUUUGGAAAGAACAAAAAAAGGGAAAAGAAAUCAAUCUUCUUUUGCUUUUAUGAGAUGGUGGUGUUUCUACGUAUUCUUUAAAAUUCUCUCUUUCCCCCUAAUGGUAUAGUGUGUGAAGGACACAAUUCGUAUUCCAUAUUUUUCCGGGAUGGAUUCUCUGACAUCUAAUAUAUCAGUUUAUCAGUCGCACACCAA